GGGUUGAUGCAGCCCCCUGAGGGGUCACACAGCCGGGCUGUGGUGUGCAGUGCAGGCGGGUGAGGCUUCAGCAGCACCUGCAGCCUCAUCAUGAUGUGGACACGGUGGUCCAUGGCCACCAUCGUGCUCCUGGCUUUCCAGAGAGCCCUGACAGUCCUGGUGUCCCUGGUGAUCCUGUUAUCCCUGAUUGCCCUGCUAGUCCCCAGGGCCCAGCUGCCCACUGGUGAGUCAGGACCAUCGGGAGCAGCUGUGGAUGGAGGCAAUGGAGAUCCAGGUGCUGGAUCUGACUCUUCUGGACCCUACUUGGCUUUUGAUUUGUUUUGGGAACUGCCAGCUCAAGGCCCAAAUGCGAGUGAGGCAUCUCCUCCAGGUCUGAAGAAUGAAACUGGAUUGGGAAACAUUUCCUGGCCAUUAAUGGAACAGUCUGAAUUAAUUACUUUACUGAAGGAAACACUUCCAGUGCUGGAGCCCGAGCCUGUGGAUAAGGAGGCACCUCAGGAAGGUCAUGAGGCAGUGCCAGUGCCUGGGAGAAACAGUGAGGCCCUUGAGCCAACAAGGAUGUCAGAGAUGUGGGAAUAUCCUCCAGGUGUGGAAAAGAGAUUCAGCACUGCUGAGGACACCAAGAGAGACCCAAACACUGUGGAGGGCAUGGCAGACACAGGCACAGUUGAUGCUCAAAUCACCUGGAGUGUCUUUGUAAGAGCCUUCCUUAUGUCUGUGGUCUGCAGCCUGAUUGUUCUGCUGCUGCUCAAGGUGGCCCCUGCAUGGGCAAAAGACAUAAAAGAGCGCCUCACAGCUUUGAGAGCCAGUUCUGAGCUCCUAGACAGUGAGACUGGAGACAAGGAAUUUGUGGUAGAAGUCUAAAUAAAGAUAAGCAGCACAA